AUGCAGCCUCAACCCGCGGGGCCGGUGCGGAGUCCAAGUGAUCUAGAUGGAUCAGAUCAGAAGACGAAUCCUGUAGCGGAAGCUGGGCAGGCUGAAAAAGAAAUAAAUAUUGCUGGGAUCAAAGACGAACUUGAGUUUGCCAAAUGGUACAAUGACAUUGAAGAUGACUUGCGCGACGCAAGUUACGGUGACUAUCAAGAAUGUCUUCGAGAGCUCGAUAUUGCGAAAGAACACCUCGGAUCGCUUUUAACGGAUACGUCUGCGACGCUUGGAAUUUUGUCGAGCCUUUCCGAAUCGUUUCAGGCAGUUGAUUUGCAGACAUCCACGUUUCAAAAACAAUGCGAAGGACUACUACAUGCGCAAUCUCGGAAUACGCGGUUAGCAGAUGAUAUCAGAGACAAUCUCGAAUAUUAUGAUUUUCUAGACCCUGCAUCUCGAAAACUAAACGCUCCCGGCGCAGGAAAAGCAGUCCGUAGGAAAGAGUUUUCGGACAUGUUGAGACAACUUGACGAGUGUCUGGACUACAUGGAAACCCACCCCGAGCAAAAAGAGGCAGAGACCUAUCGGUCCCGGUAUAGGUUACUGCUCACGCGUGCUUUAACACUUAUCCGAGGGGACUUUGUCGCGGCAUUACGAGAAACGUCAUCUGGCGUUUCGAAGAAAAUCGCCGAUAGACAACUCAAUGACACGACAAUGCCGGCCCUUCUCUACGCCAAGUUCCGUGUUGGGGCAUCUGAAUUGAAACAACUUGGCCUAGAAAUCCAAAAGAGGGCCGUGCCACCAGUAGACCCCGAGCAAGGGACAGAAGCAGAAUAUCAAAGUCUAAUGAGUGAAUUGCACACUAGCUUUGCAGCUACUCGCGGAAAACUCAUCAUUCCUCUUGUGCGAAAGAAACUUGCUAGCAUUGCCCAGGCCCCCAGUACUUCCAAAGACCUCGUCGCGUUUGCUCGAGCGAGUAUUGGUUAUGUCCGUGGCAUUUGUUUAGACGAAUUUGAUCUUUGGGGAGAAUGGUUCCAUGGUCAAGCAGGACUGUAUGACUUUCUAGAGUCUGUGUGCGAGCCUUUAUACGAUCAUUUACAACCCAGGAUCAUCCACGAGACAAAGCUUAUUAAGCUCUGUCAACUGUGCACUUUGUUGCAAACGCGUUACCUAUCCGACCCCGAGGACGAGACAGAAUACAACGACCCGAACCAGUUAGAGUUCUCAAGCCUCAUCCAACCGGCCUUGGAAGAUGCCCAGACCCGUUUGGUAUUCCAAGUGCAGACCAUACUUCGAAAUGAAAUCGAAAGAUAUCGCCCGAAGCCGGAGGAUUUGGAAUAUCCGCGUCGAAACCAAAAACAGCUCAACUCAUCCACAGGUGCUCCGUUGUCAGGCCGAAAGAUGUCUGAAACUAUAAUGCCCAUAGCCCCUACAGUGGUGGAUGAGGAUACCGACUCGCCAAACGAAAAAGAUGCGCUCUGGGAUAUUGAUACGCAAGCAAUGUUCCAGGGCUGGUACCCGACUUUGCGAAAGGCUAUUUGGUUGCUUAGCCGUAUUUAUAGACUAGUCAACUCUACCGUGUUUGACGAUCUGGCUCACCAAAUUGUCCAUCAAACUACUGAAUCUAUACACCAAGCAAGCACACAGAUAUCCAGCAAAUCCUCGGCCACAGAUGCUCAACUGUUCUUGAUCAAACACCUCCUAAUCCUCAAACAACAAAUUGUCGCGUUUGACAUCGAAUACGUGACUCCUGACGUUUCCUUCGAUUUCUCUGGAGUCACAAACACAUUCUGGGAACUACGCGAACGAGGUGGUCUCUUCAACCCGCGAAACCUAAUGCGUCUUGUCGGAGGCGGCCUUCUCCCCCGCGUUGUUGAGAAUAUGCUCGACGCAAAAGUCGAACUAGAUGGCAGACUUCGUACCGUCAUCAACGAGUUCACCAACGAUUUUUCUACACGUAUGACGGCUUCAUUGCCUACAAAAUUCAUCGAGAAGCGGACUCUCGGCGAAGGGGGUGUCAUUAGUCCGGUUUGUCGAAACAUUGAGAAAGAAGUCCCUCUUCUACGCAAAGCUUUGGAUGAUUACCUAGACGAUACUCGUACAAAAGAGACACUUGUUGGAGCGGUCCAGGAUCGUGUGUUGCAAAUUUACGAAGAGUUCUUUGACACCUACACGAACUCGGAAAAGACCCGGGGGAAACCAAUCAGCAAGAAAGGAAAAGGCCGCCAGGAUGCGGUUUGGGAUGUUGAUACAUUUGGAGAAUGGAGUGAAGAAGUUUUUCGAGUCGGAAUUGCAAGCACUCGAUCUCACAAUGGGGGCUAUGACUCUGAAGAGCAGGACAAGGAGGAGAAUAACAUUGAUACCGAAUCGGUGGAGAAUGGCACCAUUUCAACAUCCAGGACUUAG